AUGAAGCGUGCCGCUCUCGCGCCGCACGACGUCAACGUCGCGAACGUUCCGGACAAGGCUGACCAGUCCGCCAAGGGCGCGUUGUGGCGCACGGACCUGACAGAAUACGUUCAGCAGGGCCGCGGAGCCAGCGGGCAUGCGGAGAGGCAGCAGCUGGCUGCCGCCAUCGAGGCAUCUCCUGCCAGCGCAGAAGCUUGGCUGGCCUUCCUCACGCGCGAGGAGGAGUGCGCGCGUGUCUCUGGCUCUGGCCCGGCCCUCAAGCGAGGGAGGGUUCCGUUGAAGCGGCUGUACGACCGCUGCACGCAGGUGGUGCCCCUCGCGGGCAACCGGGCCUCUGACGCCUACCUUGCGCUCUGGCUCGGCCUCGCGCGACAGCAGAGCGCCCACGGGCUGGUGGAGGACGCGCGGGAGACGUACAAGAGUCUCAAGAACAACAUGAUUGGCACGAAUCAGGCCGUUCUUUUUCAGGAGUGGGCGGCCUUCGAGGCGGCCUGUGGGCGUCACCGGAAGGCCACGGACAUUUUGCGCAAGGGCAUCGACGCAAACGCCAAGCCUUCCGCGCCCCUGCACGACCUGCUGCGAUCCUUCGAGCGCAACUCGGCCAUCGGCGACGAGCCGGCAGUGCCCCGGGGUGCAGCCACGCCGGCGCCGGGCCGCUCGCAUGCGGAAGAGGCUCCGUCGAUGGCGCCCGAGCACACGCUCCGCACCCCGGCGCCGCGAGCGGCCGCCGUCGGGAGCCUGCCAACGCGCACGCCGAUCGGCUCGCAGGCCCCGGCGCCCGUCGCCCGCCGCGCCCCCGCAACUGCGCGGCGGCCGGCGACGCUCGCCACUCCGGCGCACGCCGACGCCCUGAACGGCGCCACCCCGGGCGUGUGCGGCACGGCCUCGGCGCACACCAUGGCCAGCGUCGCGUCCUCGCGGUCGUCCGAGUCCGUCUCGCAGGCCACGAGCGCCACCGGACACAUCCCUACGUCUUCGGCGCCGGUGCCGCGCUGCUCGGACGCCGGGCACGCCGGCGACGACGGCGGGAACGACAUGGAGAUCGACGAGACGGGGAGGAUCGUCGACCGCGACGCAGCGAAGGCUGCCCCGCGGCCCGCGCGCCCGGUGCAGCAGCGGCCCGCCGAUCCAUCGGUCCUGGUCAACGGCGUCAAGUACAAGGUGCUGGAGUGCGUGGGCAAGGGCGGCUCCAGCAAGGUGUACAAGGUCAUUGGUCCGGACAACCGCAUCUACGCGCUGAAGCGCAUCAAGCUGGACGGGCGCGACCCCGAGGCCUCGCGGGGUUUCCUCGACGAGGUGUCCCUCCUCAAGCGCCUCCAGGGCCGCGACAACAUCGUCCGCCUCAUCGACAGCGAGACCCCCCCGGACACCCACCUGCUGUACGUGGUGCUCGAGUACGGCGAGACGGACCUCGCGCGGCUUCUGCACCGCCACGGCAAGGCGCGGCGCGAGCGCGGCGAGACGGGGUUCGACGAGAACUUCGUGCGCAUGUACUGGCAGCAGAUGCUGCGCGCCGUCGACGAGAUCCACCGCGAGCGCAUCGUGCACUCCGACCUCAAGCCGGCCAACUUCCUCGUCGUCGAGGGCACGCUGCGGCUGAUCGACUUCGGCAUCGCCAAGGCCAUCAGCAGCGACACCACGUCCAUCGCGCGCGAGGGGCAGGUGGGCACGCUCAACUACAUGUCCCCGGAGGCCAUCGCGGGGGGGUCCGGGACGGGGCCCGGGGGCAAGCCGGGCUUCAAGGUCGGCCGCGCCAGCGACAUCUGGUCGCUCGGCUGCAUCCUGUACCAGAUGGUGUACGGACAGACGCCGUUUGCGUCGCUGCAGUUCGUGCAAAAGAUCCACGCCAUCACGGACCCGCGGCACGAGAUCCAGUUCCCGCCCGUGGAGCCGAACGCGCCGGACGUGAUCGACGUCAUGCGGCGGUGCCUCGACCGGGACCCCCGCCGGCGCGCGGACAUCCCCGCGCUGCUGGAGCAUGCCUUCCUGCACCCGUCCAAGAGCGCCGCGGGCCCGACGGGGCCGCCAGCGGCGCCGGGGCUGUCCGCGGAGCACCUGCGGGCGAUGCUGCGGCAGAUGGCGGCGAUCAACGGCCGGGAGGGCGCGGACGUGCAUGCCAUGGCGGAGGUCAUCAUGGGGCAGGUGGCGCGCGGGCAGCCGCUGGACCUGACGCAGUUUUUCAAGUAG